AUUAGGCGAAAUUCGUACAGCAAAAGGUUUGCUACCCUGCGCCUCCUAUCGCAGCUGUGCCAGCGUUAGCUCUAGAGUUGAGCACCUACCCCCAAAGGCAUGUGCUGUAGGUGAAGGACAGGUGCUUGAUUCGACUGAUGGUGAAGCACUGGGUGCAUGUCACACUGCUUGGAAGAUAGGCCAGGAAGACGAGUGUAGUGCUUUGUUCACACCAGCCCCCUGCCGUAUCUUUCUACUCCCCAGCCCGACUUUCACUCAGGAGCAGGCAAUGUUUCCGAUAGAAUAGUAGUUUCUGGUCGAGAGGGUACCCCUAGUUCACGCCGCUACCCAUGCGAGUGUGUCUCCAACACAACGUGCCUUUCUGACUCUAUAGUAUUAAAUCCCUCAGUAACUCUUUCAGGAAUCUUCCCACAGUUAGGUAUAGACUCGCGCCUCCAAAAGGUUUUCCAGAGGCCGCGUGCAAUCGAGCAUCAGCAGCAGCAGCAACAGCAGCAGCAGUAACAGCCGAGGAGCGCCAUGGGGUACAAACAGAAUGAAGACAACCAUGCGCUCAUGAAGCCCUUGCUGAUACUGUCUGUGAUAUGCCUCCUCAUCGGGAUCGUAGUCUGCGGUAUUGCUGGUCACCUGGCCACCGUGGCGCAUCAGUUUAGAGAUCCACGAUACGCCACAUAUUGGAUGGGGAUAUCGGCCGUCGUGGUUUUCCUGCUUUUCCUCUUCAUCUACUGGAACAUCAGAAAGCAACGGGGAAUGGCAAUGUUCGCAUUUGUGGUGUUCACAAUCGUUGUCCUGGCCGGAACAGUGUGCUGCAUCAUAGCCAUGGCCAACCUGGCUGCUCGCUCAGCCAGGACACACGGUGUGCAGCACGGCAACUGUCUGUACAUCAACAAGGAGAAAGAGUACACUGGACCAGGCAUAGCGUGUAGAGGGCAAUGCGAGAAAGCCAUGAAACGCACGCAUCGCAUUCCGGACCCGCCAGAGACGUGUUGCUGCUGCUUCAACCCUAGUGCAGUGAAGACCUACGGAGUGGUUGCCGACCGGAAAGUCUCCAGCUGCAAUGGAAUGAAGGCCACUGCGUUGAACAGCGUGAUAGCACUGGCGGUGCUGAACGGUCUAACAGCGGUGGUUUAUCUGAUCAUGACUGUUCUGUGUCUGAUUGUUCUGUGCGGUGGAUGCGGCCACAAGAAACUAUUCGACAAGAACAAGGACAAGGGACCGUACAAUCCCUAUGAAUAAGUGCAAAGAGAAGACGUUGGGCGGAGAAGUGUUUACCUGCCAUCACCUGUCGCCAGAGCAGACCACACACAAUAUUCAGACUCGACAACUCAACGACCAACAACAGACACUAUAGAGACGAGUGAGGAUGUGUCCUUUCCCUUUUUGAUUGAAGUUCUAUGAACGCGAUAUUUCUUCAUCCCUGCCCAUUAGGCAUAACACCUCUCCUGCUAUUCUUUUAGAUAAGAAUUAUGUUCUGUAUCAACUAUCAUUGCCUCUUGGGCAAAGGACUACUUACAUGCAUCUAGUGUGCUUCGAAGUAAUUAUUUUAGGACCCUGACCAUCUUCUGGUGAUCACUUCUGACACUGAUCUGUGGCGAAUGACACCGCUACAUCUCGUGUAAGCUGAAUGCUUCCAUUCGAAAAUAUUAUUUUUCGUCACGUACAUGUUCAUAAUCAUUAUUAUUAUGCAUGCU